GAUCGUCGUCUCCAUCGAUUCCGAUUCCCCCUUCCGCUUUUCUACCACCACCGCUGCUGCUGCUGCUGCUAACCCCGCCGCCGAAGCAAUCCCCCCGCGGCGGCCUCCCCGACUCCGAUUCCGGCGGCCUCCUCCUCCUCUUCCUCCGCCGACCCCGAGUCCCUCCCGGCCUCCGAUUCCGUACGCCGCCGCUCCCGCCCCCGUCCUGGUUGUGUGCUGUGGCAUGGGAGAUAAGCCUGAAGCUCUUUUCACUCGCCGUUUUCUUAAAUGAUGUCCUUCCUUCCGAAGGGCAAAACUACACAAACAGCGUUUAAGUGGCCAUGGAGAGGUGAAUCGCAGCUAUCGGCGCAUCUUCUCAUUGAUAUUCCACCUGAAAUCGAAUUGUCGGACUACCGAAGAUUGCCAAGCCCUGGUAAUGAGAGCCCAUCAGGGCUACUUCAUGGAGAAGACUUUAAGGAGGAGGUGAUCCCUGACUUGGAUAUUUUCUUUGAGAGGCUCUAUGAGUAUUUCUGCGCGAAAGGUCUGCGGUGCAUCAUCACCAAGUGGAUAAUUGAGAUCCUCAAUGUGACGUUUAUGGUUUGCUGUAUCGGGUUUUUCUUCUUGUUUGUUGAUUGGCCUGCCCUUGGCGAUUUGAAAUGUGGAGUGGAAGCGCUCGAGUCAGGGGCAAAACCUUGUGACCUAAUGAAACUCAUUAAGUAUCGUCCCCUAGAUCCUUUCACAUUUACAAAGUUUAUCACUAUUGGAUCCAUGGUUAUACUCUCAACUUACGGAAUCAUUAACUUUGUGAAGUUUUUUGUAAAACUGAGAAGCACACUCAAGGUCCGUGACUUCUACUGUAACAGUCUCAAGGUUACAGAUCUCGAAAUUCAGACUAUAUCAUGGCCUAGAGUAGUUGAGAAGGUCGUACUUCUGCAGAAGUCACAACGACUUUGUGUCGUUAAAGAUCUCACGGAGCAUGAUAUAAUCAUGCGAAUAAUGCGUAAACAAAACUACCUGAUUGGGAUGGUUAAUAAAGGUAUCAUCGCAUUGCCAAUCCCCUCUUGGCUUCCUGGAGUUGGCCCAACUGUCAGCUCACGUAUGCAUGGAAAAAAAAGCUAUCUGAUGCUUCCAAAGGCCCUGGAGUGGACAUUGAAUUGGUGCAUCUUCCAAACCAUGUUUGAUAGGAAAUUUUGUGUUAGAAAAGACAUUCUGACAAGUCCGUCUUUAUUGAAGAAACGGCUUGUAUUUAUGGGUAUUGCCAUGUUUCUUCUGUCACCUUGUCUUGUUAUCUUCCCAUUGGUAUACCUAUUUCUGAGAUAUGCAGAAGAAUUCUACAAUCACCCCAGUACGGCAUCAUCUCGAAAAUGGUCGAAUCUUUCAAAGUGGAUUUUGAGGGAAUACAAUGAGGUUGACCAUUUCUUCAAACAUAGGUUGAACAACAGUAGUGUCAACUCACUAAAUUAUUUGAAGCAGUUUCCAACUCCACUAGUAUCUAUUAUUGCAAAAUUCAUAUCGUUUGUAUCUGGUGGAUUGGCUGGAAUUCUUCUCAUCCUUGGAUUUCUAGGUGAAUCCAUCCUUGAGGGUCAUGUAUUUGGCCGAAAUCUUCUCUGGUAUACUAUUGUUUUUGGAACAAUAGCAACUGUUAGUCGGAAUGUUGUGGUUGAUGAACUCCAAGUGAUUGAUCCAGAAGGAGCUAUGUCCUUUGUUCUGCAGCAGACACACUACAUGCCUAAAAGGUGGCGCGGUAAAGAGGGCAGUGAACUUGUACGAAGGGACUUUGAAUCUCUGUUUCAGUAUACCAUAACGAUGCUACUAGAAGAGAUGGCCUCAAUUUUCAUCACUCCAUAUCUGCUAAUAUUUGUGGUUCCAAAGCGUGUUGAUGAUAUUCUACGCUUCAUAUCAGACUUCACAGUUUAUGUUGAUGGAGUGGGAGAUGUGUGCAGCUUAAGCAUGUUCGACUUAAGAAGACAUGGAAAUAGAAACUACGGUUCACCACAUAAUGCAGUUAAAAGCAUGAGAAGCUCCCAAGGAAAAAUGGAGAAAUCACUAUUAAGUUUCCAAAGCACCUACACAUCAUGGGAGCCAAACGCAGAUGGCAAGAAAUUUAUUUGCAACCUCCAGAAAUUCAAGGAGAAACAAAUCCGUCAACAUACCUUUCAAACAACGGAAUCAUCACAGCUUGGGUUGAGUUGUAGAGGUCAAACUGCAGUUUUCCAUCGACUGCUCCCUAGAAACAUCUAUCCUGGCAAUGGGGUCAUUUUUAACUUUGAUCCAUUAGGACUGCUCGACACAGAUCAAAGAGCUUGUCCAUAUAUCCUGGAUUGGUAUUACACACACCAACACACAAAUAGAGAAGCGGGCUCAUCUUCCCACCUUAAUGAAGCAUCACCUGAGCAACAGGAGGAGAUAUGGCCACCUCUGAGCAAACCAUUAACAGAAAUUGAAGAUGAGCAAAUCUGGGAUUCUGAUUUAUAUAGAAGAGCUCGAAGCUACCUGGAGGCAUCAACAUCAAGUGCAUUCUUUCGACAGGCCACCACCUUCAAGCGCCAUGGCAGGGAACAAAAUUCUACCAGCCAUCAAUGGUGGGCUCAGGCCUCGAGGCAGCAGGCUGAUCCACGAAACAGUUUUCAAGGGCCUCCUCAAGACAGUUUUCUUGAGCCUCCGGACUUCCGAAAUCAUUUGGAAGCUAGCCAUGAUUCCAGCCAUCAAAGUGAUUGUAGGCUGACCUCCAGAAGGUCAACUGAUCCACAAGACAGCUUCGUUGAGCCUCCUGAUUUUGGUGAUUACAUGUCCUGUCAUAGCUCUAGCUAUCAUGGCGAUGAAACGUCGGAUGGAAACUCAGAACUAGAUCAAAGCAACAAUAGUUGGCGAAGCCCCCAUGCCCUGUCAAAGACAAGGUACAUGGGUGAUGAUGAUCUUGACCUAGAACAAGGCCCGAGUUUCCAUUUUACUGAUGCCCCUCAGAAGGACAGUGGAAGUGAAGGAGAUGGACAUGGUGUAGCCAAUAUUUACAGCUCUACGCCAGCCAGCCUUCCUGUACGGAUAAUACCUAGAAGCAGUGACCCAGUUUAGGUUGGUAGACACACGAAAAAGUACUAGUUGGAACACUUGUGAACGCGCAUUUUCCGUGUUCUGAUAGAUAUAUACUACCUCCUUCCCUAAA